AUGGAAAAAUAUUAGAAUGAUUUAACAAAAAUGAUAUAUUAACCGCUAUAAUUGAACAUACUCUAUAAAUAAAUGGAAGUUAAACUCCAAAAUAAUACAAUGAAACAAUAAAUUCUUUAAGAUUUAGGAGAAAAUCCAACAGAGAUUGAUAUUAAAUAUAUAAGCUAUAUCACAAAUAUCCCAGCACCAUAAAUUAAAUAGUGGUUGGAAGAGUCAUAAAAAACUGAUGUAAGCAUAGAUAUCGGCUCCAAAGAAUGUCUUAUUCUUGGAAGUAAGAAACCAAAGGGGAUUAAGAGUGUUAAGAUUAAAAUUGAGACUCACCAUAACGCUUUUGAUUAACCUCAAAAAUAACAAGAAGAGUAGAAAUAAAUAAAUGAAUUGCAGCAAAAAGAUAAUAUCCAUAAAUAGGGCUAAAUGGAAUCAAAAGUAAAACAAAAGAAUCAAUAAGUUAUUCAAAAGCAAAAGCUAAACUAAUAAAUCUAAGAACCAGUUUUCAUUGAACCUAAAAUAUUACCUCCUAUUAUUCAACUAGAAUAAAUCUAUAUUAAAAGCUCAAUUGAAAAUUAACCUUUAUAAUCUGAUAUCAAUCAAGAACAGAAGGACUAAAUAGAAAGCAAUCAUAAAACGAAUGAAAUAAUUGUCACACUACAAGCAGAAGAAUAAAAAAAAGGAUAUCAAAAAAACUCCGAUUAAUUGCUAAAGGAUAAAAAUUUGAUAAAACCUAAAUUGCUAAUUUAAACGACCAUUAUGGAAAACAACCAAAAUACAGAUUUAUUACCAUCUUAAGUCCAAAAAGUGUAAUAGUCUAAAAUCAGAGAAGGCAUAAAUUAAUAUAACCCCCUUGUACAAAACGAUGAAGUUCCUACGCUUGAUAUAAAUCAAGGAUAAGAUGAAAAACAUAAGUAAUAGAAUAAAUUGGAUAAUAAAAAUAAAAAAUAUGCUCAAUAAAAAUAAAAAUAAAAUGAACAGAAAUCAAAUUAAAUGAUUUCACAAAAUUAAUAAGAUGAUCAAACUGAUAUGGCCAGAGAUUUCGAAAAGAAGUUAGCUUAUCUUCGAAAUUAAUAUAAUGUUAGACAUAAUAAUGUAAAUACAAAGAGUUAAAAACAACAUCGAUCGUCAUAAAUUGAAAAUACUAAGAAAAAUCUUGAAAUCUAAAUGUAACAAAAUUAUCAAUAAGAAUAAGAACUUUAACCAAUAUCAAUAAGUAGCAGUCCUAAUUCAUAAAAAUAUUAAUAAUAAUAAUAAGAUUAGCAUUAAAUUUUUUAGCAAUUUUAAAAUUAACCGAUAUCGGAUGAUAAAUUGAAUAAUUCAUAAAAUAUCUAAUAGUAAUAAUUAUAAAAUUUAGCUUAAAAUUCAUUAAGGUAAUAAAAUCAAUAUUUGAAUAAAUAACAUUCAUUUUAAUAUUAACACUUAUAAUAUUAAAAUGUAAAUCAAGAUUAAAGACCCAUAGCAUAAUAACCAAGUAUUUAAUAAGAUUACCCAUAUAAUACUUAAGUGGCUGUCAUCAAUUAAACUUAUUAACCUUCUUAAUAAAAGAACCCAAAAACAGCAAUUAAUAAUCCAAUUUAAUCUGUUUAUAAUUAAUCAUUAUAUUAAAUACCUGCCUAAACUUAAGAAUAAAACUAUUGUUCGUAAUAUUCUUAUUAUGAUACAAAUAUUUUAUAAAAAUUGUAAUAACGUUUAGAUAUGAUAUUUUUAUCAUAAAAUACGCAUCAGUUGACACUAUUAUAAAAGCUUGAUUAGAUUAUAAAUUUAAUUUAGAGACCACAAAGCAAAAAAUGA